AAAUGCGCGGCUGCUAAGCCCAAGCGAGUGGAAUUCAAAAUGGCGGUCAUUUCGAGUGUUGACCCUUGUUACGCGGGCUUAGUAGGGCUUGCCGAGGGUUUCCGUACUUCAAACCCGCCUAGAAUACGAGAAUGCAUCCAGUGCUUGCAAGCUAUUCUUCAAUUUAACCCUCCACCAGCGAUCCAAGCGAAAACACAUCUUCAAAUUGGUCGCAUUCUACAACAAUACACAAAGAACGAUGAUUUGGCGCGACGAACCCUCGAGAAAGCGAUUUUGCUGGCGCAAACUCUUGGUCAUGGAUAUGAGGAAAUUAGCUUUGAAGCAUCUAGCAUCCUUUCUUUGGUCUAUAAGGAUCAGGGUCAAUACCCCCUUGCCAAACAAGUUCUGCGACAAGCUCUAGAGAUCACCUCAGGAGAGAAUCUCUACUUCUGGCAGUUCAGGCUUUUCUUCCAAUUAGCAGAGGUGCAUGCCUGUGAUAAUGAAUUUACUGCAUCAGUUGAAGUCCUGGAGAUGGGAGAGAGGAUAGCUGAGCAGUGUGGUUCACAAUACAUGAGGUGUUUAUUUACUUUGAGCAAGACACUGGUGCUUCUAAUCAUGAAGGAUGUCAAUCGUGUGUCAAAUAUUCUGAUGUCAACUGGAAGCUUUCUUGAGCGCUGGCAGGGUCAGAGUUACCAGAGAGAGUCUUUAGUUGUUUUCCAUUUGCUGCUUAGGGUCUGGCAGCUACUGUCUGUUGGGCAGGCAAAAACUGUUAGACCAUACCUGAAGCAGCUACAACAAUCAAUACAAAAUCUAACAACAAUGACAUUUGAAGAUAGUAAUGUUUAUGAAGCAGAAAAGUUUGAGUGGCUGCCCAGAGAGCAUCUUUGUGUGCUAGUUUACCUGGUUACUGUGAUGCACUCAAUGUAUGCUGGCUAUAUGGAUAAAGUCCUCAAGUACAGUGCCAAAGCCCUUAAUCAAGUAGAAAGAUUAAAAGUGACUUCUCCAAGUGCAUUGGUGUCAGUAUUUCAAUUGAUGCUUCUAGAACAUACCAUCAUGUGCCGAGUUGUGCAGGGGCAGCCAGCACAUGCUAUCAAAGAGAUUUCCCAAGUUUAUCAGACACUGAAACAUGAAAACUGUCUUGUACGAGCACACAAGCCCAUCCUUCAUACAUUACUGGGCUUAUAUGCAAUGUCUAUGAACUUAAUGGAACAGGCAACAACACACUUCAACAUCGCUUUUAAGACUGCUGAUAACCCAGUUCUUGCAAAUUUUGUUGGCCUCAAUUUGUCAAUCAUUUACAUUAGGGCAGGCGAGAGCAAGCAAAUAGAGCUAUCUUCUGUCAUGUCCUCAAUCCACCCAUCGAACAUGGCAACCAAUUCCCACAGUUUGCAAGCUGGAUACUAUUAUGUCUGUGCACUGAGAGCAUUCUUCCAAACAAGGAUCCAGGAUGCCAAAAAGUAUUUAAGGGAGUCACUUAAGAUCGCCAAUGCAGAGGACUUAAACAGAUUGACUGCAUGCUCACUUGUGCUACUGGGACAUACAUUUCUUGCAUCAGGAAACCCACAAGAAGCACUUAACAUGGUAUUACCAGCCACGCAGCUCUCCGGAAAAAUUCCUGACAACUACAUCCAGCUAUGGGCCGCUGGUCUCUUAAGAGAUCUCUAUGGGAUGCUCGGGCAGCCUGUCCAAGCGAGUGAGAGUUUCCAUAAACAUCAUAGCAUCACGAAACAGCUGAUUGAAAAUCACAUGCAAGCGAGAAAACUUCCAGAACAUGGCUUGACAGAGUGGACAGGUGCUGUCUCACCUACCAAAUCUUCAACAAUCCCGCCACAACAAUCAUUUCAGACGUGGUCUCAGCCUGGUCCAAGUCGAUUGUCAUGACAACGAUAUUGACAUACAUGAUUGCCAGGGAAUAAUGGGCUUUUACCUUACCAUGCUGAUAUAGUAACCAUUUCCUGCGAAUUAAUUUAUUCUCAUUUUAUACCGGUAAACCGAAGAAGCCGCUAUUAGAUGUACGUAAAAAGGGACUAGAUGCUUUGUAAUAGAAUUGGACACAAUUUCCCCUGCUAUUUAACAAAAGUGCAAAAUGGCAUGAAAGAAAAAUCAAGAAAAGUUACCAUAGCAACUGUCUAUAAACAGUUUUCAAUUAAACGAGUUUUUAACAUUCUACUUUAACAUGAUUUACGGAUCUCGAGCCUGCGUUGGUUUCAAUCGUUGUCGGAGAUGAAGUGUCAUUUGGCCAGCGUUUUUUAAAGAUCUUGCCAAGAUAUCGAAUACAACAUUACCAACCCUGGUAAAAAUAGUGGAAUUCUUAGACGUCAAUCAAAUGCAAGUCGCUGUUUUGAGCCUGGUGCUUACAGAGUUGUUCUUCAUAUUGACUUCCAUUUCGUCUAUCGACAUUCUGAAGCAUUCAAAACCUCAGAAAAAAGACAUCAAGUGUUUUCUGUUAAUCGACAACAAUGUAUGAUUUAAAAAAAGUCUCGAACUCAAUUUAAAUUGUAUUGCGUCUUUUAUUGCAUCAUUACUGAAUUGCCUGAUUGUCGUCUAAAAGUUUCGUAUUUAGAGUCGCCCGUUUAAAAGACUAAAGCUUGGUCGGCUACAUACUUUUUGAUAUGGUGGUGUUUCUUUCUUUUUUUUUAACGUUCUUAAGUUUUUUUUUUUUAACAAAUUCUAAAGUCGCCUUCAGACAGAAACUGGAAUUAGGCACUUGGCCCAGUUCUGGAGUUUCAUACAUUUUCCUGUUUAAGAACCGUGUAUCUUAGCUGUGUGUGUGUGUGUACUAUUAUAUAAAAUGUGAACCACAUAUCUAUGUCUGCACAAGUACAAACACAAGUUGUGAAUAGUUUAUAGUAUACACAUGUGUACAUGUAUUCUUUGUAUAUAUUGUUUAAAAAGCCUAUAUACAAUGUUUUACAUUAUGCGGUUAGUGUUAGUAACUUGUAAAAAGUACAUUUUGUUUGGCACACAACAUUCUAGGUAUCAUUCAUUUAGUCAACCCUAACCGUUACAAAUGUGCACAUAAUGUAAAAAAUGCGUCAAUUUACAACGAUGUGUAUACUGUAAAGUGUGAGAAACUGUAUAGAUUAACACAAAUGUACUGUAAACUGUAUAGAUUAACACAAAUGUGUACACAAUGUGUGAAACGUGUACAUAUAAUGUGCCCUGAUGCACCUUCACGUGUAAGUGCGUAUAACGUUAAGUGUGAGAAACUUAUAGAUUCAAGUGUACCAUGUAACACAAAUGUGUUACAUGGUACACUUGUGUGUUACAUGGUUCUUGUGUAAAGUGCGUUGUGUAUAAUGUAAAGUAUGAGAAACUGUAUAGAUUAAAGUGUACCAUGUAACACAAAUGGGUACGCAUUGAACAUAUGGUUAAUGACGUAACGCAUGUCAAAGUAUAUACAAUGUCUAUAAGUAUGUGCCAUGUAUAAGGGGUUGUUUGUAAUGCACAACUUAUUGGAUUGUGUAAAUGUGCGCAAUAUGUACCAUCAUUUUAACUUAUAUGACUGCAAUGUUUAUAAUGUAUGAUGUAAAAAAGUUAUUUAUGUUGAAAUAAUCAAAGGCUGUUUUACUAAAUUUGUGUUUUAUAAUGUUUAUAAUGUAAAUACAUAAAUAUACUUUAAACUUGA